AUGAAAGACAUACUGGAAGAAGUAGAAAAGGAGGACCAGCCCAAUUCGGACUGGAAUCGGGUUGGGGCCGGGGAACGGAGAGUCCCGGAGGUUAGGUUUCAGAAUGGAGAGCAGAACAUUGUCGCACCUUUCCCUACCAAUCCCUCGCCGGUGAAUCUCGGCAUCGACAGCGGCUUUAAUGGGAAUUUUCUCUUUCGCGAGAAACAGCCCGCCUUCGUAGAACCCCGGGCCGAAUUGGUGAGAUCCGGCGACGGGCCGCUGCCUGCCGCCACGGUGAUGCAAACGCAGUUCCCCGAUUCGAAGCCCGAGUAUGGCGUGAUGACUAUCCCCUAUUGGUUUGCUGAUUUGUUCGCCUCUCAUUGUUGGUCGCUCUGUUUGGCCCAACAAAAUUCCAUGGAAGCGAUCAAACACAGACAUCCAGAUUCCCUGAGCGCAUGCACUGAAGGCUUAAUCUUUAUGCAGAAGGUGGAGAUUAAUGCUUUAGUGUUUGUUAGGCAAAAAUUUACUGAAGCUCUUGCAAGUCUUAUUGUUAACAAACUUAGAGCUGGAAUUAAGGUUUGUGUUGUGAAAGCACCUGGAUAUGGUGGAUAUGGUGAAACAGAAAGUCUUUUGCAAGAUCGUGCUGCCUUAAUGGGAGGCCAUGCAAGUACAUGUACAAGCAUUGCUUUCAAAAUACCUCAUAAUUUCAUUAUUGAUCAAACUAAUCUGUACAAGAAUGCUCGCAGACGCAAACUGAAACUAUUUGCAGAUUUUGUAACGCUUGCUGCUGUGGUCUUUCCAAGAGUAGAAAAAAUCAAAUUUCAUGGUGAUAAGAGAUUUCAAGAGAUGGGAAAGGCAACUGAUCAAGAAGGUAAUGAGAUGUCAGCCAAUUAUAAUCUGCCCACAAUCAAGGACAUGAAUAUAGCUGAUGAAUACUUCGAUCAGCUAAUUGUGGCAUAAACUCCACCAAUGUCAUACAACAUGAGGAGAAUGCACAAAACUGUUGAUUUGGAAUGGGACACGACGAGUCUAGCCUCUUCACCAUGCUGUUGGAGGAUAAUAUACCGAGGCCAUAAGAUUGUUGCUUCUUUGUGGGGCUUGUCCAACCAAAACAAAACUUAUAGAAAAGUAAGCGUAUGUUUGGAAUUUCCCUCCAGUUUUACUACAAACGAAAGGAAAAAUACAUCUGAACAUUGAACAUUGGCUCAGAUGCUAUUUGUAAAGACUUUACUGAGCUUUUUGAUUCUGGAAGUGAAGCGAGAAAGACAUUGGAAGAGGCUACUGAGGUUAUGCUUGGCCUUUAAAUUAUGAAGCAACAAUAAUUGAAUACAAAAUACUACAUCAAGACCAGGUCACCCACAUAUUUUAUCUACAGUUGCUGAGUUACAGUUUUAUUUGUUCAAUUAGUCUAUAAUUUAUGGGUCGAGCACAUGAGGUUUUAACCAUAUUUGUUGUUUCAUUCACUUGUCUUGCCAAGUUAAAAAACAGUGUAGAAUUUAUUUUCCAAUAGCUACAGAUUAGCCAUUUCGUUAUUCUUCCACAUGCAUGUGUGCCUGGAGCAUUUUUUACACUUGAAGGUGAGUUCUUUUUCUGUAUAUGAGAAAAAGGGAGUCGAGAAUUUCUGUGAGAGAAAUGUCACCAUAUUAGUAAAUUAUAAUUAAAUCAAGCAGCCUUUUUCGCUUUUUUGUUUUAGUUUCAGGCAUGAUAAAUGAAGUGGGUGAAGUUGUUUGACAUUCCCUAAGACUGUUGCACCAUAUGCUCAUGUUCUGCAUGUGUUUCUUUCUUCAAAUAUCUAAAACAUGUAAACAACUUCCAAAACACAAUUAAAAUUAUGUGGUCAAUUUAUGUUGCAAAAUUUGUUAGAUUUAAGACAGUAAUCGUUGAUUAGGACACACAGUUCAAAUGUCAAGAAAACAAACAAUGUACUAUACUGCCCAUUCUUUUUCCUCAUUUUGCAUCGAUUGAUGAUUGUUUUAUCUAGCAACGGUUAUUAUUAUUCUUCAGGCAUGAUCGCCCGCUACCUCUUUGCCUCAUCGGGUCUAGAGAAUGAAGACAUCGUGAAACAACUCCGUGGUCUCUUAAAGCUGCGCAUUCGAGUUCUUGGGUUGGUAAGAGAAGCUCGAAAAGCAACAAUGCGACAAAUUGGGAGACACAUAUCUAUGGUCUUAUGGUGCACUUUUAAAUAUCUGGAUGAUGUUUAAAACCAAGGGAAUUUAGAUUGAGAGUGGUUCUUUUGUUGUUGCAUGUUUAGGCUUCAGAUUUCAUAUUUAGUCAUGUAUUACUUUUGAGUUUCUUUCCCCUUUUUUUGGUAGAUUUCUGUUUCAAUGGUAGGGGUUUAACUAAUUAAUACACAUGGUAAACAACC